AUGGUGAAGAUCAGCUACCGACCGUACGACACCGCCAACCAACAAAAUGACACGGAAAGUGUCAAGGGCAUGAUCUCCCACGACCUGUCCGAGCCCUACUCGGUCUACGUCUACAGAUACUUCAUUUCGUCAUGGCCCAACCUCUGUUUUCUUGCAUUUGAUGAAGACGAGGAGGAGAAGCAGGCCGACGGGUCCAUGGACAAAAAGGCCAUCGGAACGGUGGUUUGCAAGCUGGAGGACUACCGUGGGUGCCGAUCGAGAGGAUACAUAGCCAUGCUGGCUGUCAAGACAGAUUACCGUGGCCAAGGUAUCGCCAAAAAGCUGAUUGACCUGGCGAUUGCAGCCAUGGUGGAUCUCAAGGCGGACGAAAUCAUGUUGGAAACCGAGGUCAACAACGCGGCUGCUAUGAGCCUGUACGAAAAUAUCGGAUUUGUGCGUACCAAACGUCUGCAUCGAUACUAUCUGAACUCCAACGAUGCUUUCCGGCUGAUUCUGCCUAUCACUGGCAAGAGCUGUCAACUGUCGCGUUAUCUGAUGCAUGCCGAGGAGCCGGUUCCACAGUUCCCCACCCACGCUGUCAUUUAA